CUACUCACCCAGAUGAAAAUGGCUAACUAUCGCGAAACCGGAUGAAAAUUGUGAUAAACAAAAUGUUGUAAAGUCAAGAGGAAAAAAUAGGGUCGUUCGGGUGAGUGGAAACAAAUAACGUUUUUAAAACGAUGGCACAUCAGCCAGAAGAUUGUGUUCCUGGAAGGAAACGUGAUCCAAGGAUGUCACAACAAUCAGAAGAAUGGGUCCCUGGGUGGAAACGUGAUACAGGGAUGGCACAACAGUCAGAAGAAUGUGUUCCUGGACGGACAUGUGAUGCAGGAGUUAAGGUAACACCACCAGUAGAUGAAAAACGACUGAAAGAGCUGAAGAAAAAAGAUCUGGAAAUAAGCCGACUCAUUGAGGAAAAUAGAAAGCUAAAAGACUUAUGCGACAUCAAGUCGUCAUUGCUUAAACAAACUGAAGAAUUUUGGAGCCAGCGGGAGCGAACAAUGGAACAAACAAUAAAAAGUCUUGAAGUAGAGUCGCAACAAAUGGAGCAAACGAUAAAGAGUCUUGAAGCCAAGAAAAAACAUAUUGAUGAUCGUUUAAAUCAGGAGCUUGCAAGCAAAUUGCAUCUCGAAGACUGUUGCAAGCAAUUAGAAAAGGAAAUGAAAAGGAUAUACAAUGAACAAGAACAUAUUAAUAGUAAUCAUCAGAGGGAGCUAAAUGAGAUAAGAAAAGAAAGAGAGGAACUAAAAAAUAGAUUAAGCAAAUUGGAUCUUCAAUUGUAUGGUAAAAAUGCUGACAUUCCUGAUCUGAGCGACCCCAACAGAGCCAUAAAAUUGUGUGAGAGAUUUAGUCAGCUCUACGAUGACGAAUGGACAGAUGCUUUUGACGAUAUGUUGAAAAACGAAAACAUAAAAGUAUCUCAAAAGGAUGCGACGGUUUUCUUGAUUGAGAUACUACAAAAAGCAUUCGACUUUUGUGAAACCACUGCUUAUAAUCACUUUGAACGACUGAAAGAAGUUGUUUUCAGUCCGUUUGGGAAGUCGGACACUAAAGCCAGACUGAAAUCCAGAGAAGAACGAAGGCUUAAGGAAACCCGAAGACAGAUCGCAGCUUACGAUGGUGUUAUUGAUGAAAUAAAAAAGGGCUUCAUUUCGACUCUGACCGACCCUAAAAUCAAGGAGUACGUUCGAAUCACCAAGCCUUUCCUGGAGCUGAGUGUUGAGAUAUGCUGGAUGAUGGUGCUUCACGAACCACCGCUGUACAUGGACAUGAGUGUCAGAAUCGGCGAACCAUUCGACACUAACAAAUACACAUCCAACACAGCCUCCGGAAAGACUGUGGAAUUUCUAGUUUGGCCUCCAUUGUUCAACGGUAAAGGAGGAGGUCUUCUUUCUAAAGGCGUCGUGUCGACGCAGAAGAUAAUCGGCAGGAAAUAAGAAUAUAUUGAGAGUUUCAAGGAAAGUUUGUAUUCAAAAAGAACGAUAUAGUUUUAGAAUACGUGUUUAGAUAAACUCAUAAAUGUGAUGUUGAUUUUGUUUUACUUUCUGGUAUUGAUGAAGCAUCCUUACACGUGAGGUAUGUGGUAUUGUAAUAGAGUAUCAUUUUGCUAUUAUUUGUUAUCACAUUUGAAACGUUCCGUAGAGUGAAAGAUUUUUGUUUAUUUACUAUUCUUGAUUUUUAAAGCAUUGUUAUAUCUUUGACAGAACCAUAAUGCAUAGCUGACAUGAGCAAGCACAUAACCACUACAUUCUCAAACCAGUCGAGAGAAUUGUGGUUAUCUUUCCACCAUGCUUGCCCAAUUCCUUUGCAUGACCUUUGUAUAUGAACGUAAACAAUGUUAUAAUGCACUAUUUCUUUUUCUCUGUUGUUUUCUUGAUCAUAUAAUGUGUAAAUGGAUCUUCAUGCAAUACAAUACGUUUAAAGUUCCACCAUCUAUUGCUGUCUACCAAUGCAUUGGUCUUUUUCGAAAAUCGUUUGACGAAUGUAUUAUUGACCUUGUAUGCCGUGGUAAGUAUGGUAUUGACAUUUAUAAGAUUGUAUAUGACUCUAUUGCACAACAAUGGCUCCCUAACUUUUAUAUAUGGAUCAUUGAAUGCUGUCAUUUGUCGCUAUAUUUUUCUUAGUUAUUUAGGAAUAGUUUUGUAAAGAAGAAUAAGACUUAUGCUUCAUCAAUUAAAUACAUGGGUGAUAUGUAAACGACUUUAAUGAAAUGAAUACACUUUAAAAAUAUUCUGCUCUUUGAGAUAUUUAUUAUGAAACAUUUAUGUAGUCUAUUUAACCUGAUACAAAUAAUAUUUUCAAUACGCUUUGCAUAACGAGCUGCUGUCUAUGAAUACACAAUCACUUUCUGACGACCUUCAAUCAGCCAAACAGAGGCCUUCCCCCACCCUAUCUGAAGUCAGCUAUGAUCUUUAAAAUUUGAAAUUUUAUCCAAUCAAUCAACCAAUCAAUUUUGUAUUUAUUUCUUGAUAGGACAUAUGCAUACAUAUACACACUUAUUUAGAUACUUUUAAUGCAUUUUAUGGAAACAUAUCAACACUUAAUUUGAAUUAUGAUUAUAUAAUUUAAAUAACGCAUGUACAUAUAUAGGUCCGAUUGAUCAGUGGCAUCAUUAUACAACAAUAUAAUCUUUGUGUAACAGUUUUGGCAGACUAUCAGUAAAUAAAUUGGUACGAUAUCAAAAAAAAUUCCUUGUUACCAUUAUUAUCAAGAAACGGCGCUACAAGUUCACCGACGAGUUUUAUUGUAAAUCUUAUUUGGUCCAAUUCUGAUAGAAACGCAGUGUCGAAGCACGAUAUAAUACACACAAACAUAGUCCGCAAUACAGUUGUUUUUGCACUUCCAUUUUUGGGUUGAGCAAUUUUGUCGUUGGUUUGGACAUUAGAUUUUUUACAAAGUGAUAUAGAAUUAGUCGCAGCUGGGACACCAUAGUUUUGCACGACUUCACGUCCUGUCCACAAUUAACAGCGAGACAAUUGUUUGUAAAAUUCUUAAACGAGAAGAGUAUGUCAUAAUUUAGUUUCUCGACAUUUCUGUCUCGUAUGUAAUGUAAUGUAAAGUGCUUGACAUUUCUUUCCACACAUAUUUGUUCGGCAAUGAAGUCGGAUCUACUUAACACUGUUGAAAAUGUUUUACAAAUAGCUGUAAACAACGUUCUUUAUGGAAGUGUUACAAAAUUUGACAGAUAUCUACGUAUAAAAAUAUUUCAACAUGUACUUUUAACACUCGAAAUCAAAUAUUGAACAUAAAAGCUCUGUAAAUUUUUAACAACAAAAUGAUGUUGUUUUUUUUCAAUAGCAUACAUGUUAUGCGCAGUUAAGUUAUACCAUUAUUCACGACCAUAAAGUGCUAUAAGGUUGAUUAUUUUCCUAUUUAAGAUCAACGCUAACUAAAGGGUUUACACCGAUGGGCUGAACUCCCUUGGAAGCCAUGAGAAAAUGCAUUAUGAGCCUUUUGUAGUCUUUCCUGAAUUCUUAGCGAAAUUAUACUGGAAUCAUGUCUUAUGCCCAAGUGAUGUACAUUAUCUUCAUGUUCGCAUUUAGGACUACAGUAUGAUUGUAUAAUAGUUUUCCGCAGAUCCCCAGCUGUCCAAGUUUGUAUAACAGGCAACCGUGCCACACCGAAUCCAACGCAGAUUUCUUGUUGAGACAAGUGGCGAAAUAUACUUCCGCUCUUAAUAUGUAUGAAGAUUGUUUCCAGGAGGAUUGUUUCAAGUAAUCCUUGUUGCUGCUGCGACGUAAAUGGUUUGUCCGAAGUGGUCGCAAGAACAGUCGUUUAUUUUUAUUACUGGAUUCUAGAUUGAACAUUAAAAAUGUCGUCAUACGUUGUUAUCACAUUACUUUCAAUUACAUUAAAUGGUUCUACAUGUUGUUUGAAUGUUGGCUCGACUAAUGUAUACUCCAAUAU